AUGGACCGCAGUCUCGGACCAUAUCGGUUCGGAUACCCAGAUGAUGGUCUCGCCAGGUACAUUUUAGGCGACGUGUUGGAACAAUACCUCUCGUGCGACGAGUACUUCUGGUGGCAGAACUUACGCGUCGGAAAAAAGAAAUUUAAGUUCCAGGUCUUUCUGCAUACCAAGGAAGAAGAACAGAUGAAGAUCUGGAAGUCAUUCCGGCAGAUGAAAACUGUAGACAGGCCAAUGGAAGAUGCUAUUGACCUCCACAGACCACGCCUGGGACAGUUUCUCUUGACAUGGAUGAAAGAGUCCGAGUUACGUCAGGCGAAAGAUAUCCUGAAGGAGGAAAACGAUCCACAUUAUGAGAGGGCCAUACAAGCCAUAGAAAAUGAACUGGUCCACAAGAAGGGGGAAGACGAUGUAAAACAUGGCUCUUCAUGCACCGGCCGCAAUUGCGAUGGAUACUCUCUCUCGAACUCAAUUGCGGUGCAGACCCAAGUUGGGAGAUCCGUUCCCAUAACCUCGUAUAGCAUCCCAUUCAAAGUCCCGGGUAGCCAGGCUGAUAGGCAGCUGUUACACUUCUACUGUUGCCAGGCUGCCGAGAGCUUAUCGAGUUAUACUGAUCCGACGUUGUGGACCACUCUGAUCCUGCAGAGAAGCUACCAUGAGCCCGUCAUCCGUCAUGCACUAGUGACGCUAAGUUCACUAUAUCAGGAUCAUCUAUCGGGGGAAUUAUCUCGUUACAAUACCGCCAGCCCCCCGCCGCCGAGAGUUUUACAGCGUAUCGCGAAGUGUCAUCGACAGUUGAGGUCCUAUCUUUCCACGGCUGGUGCUUCGCCAGAAGUCGCGCUUACAUGUAGCACCGUAUUCUAUGCCUUCGAGACUCUCAUUGGCAAUCCUCAGCAAGCGAUAAGACAUCUUGACCUUGGUCUGAAACUCUUGCAGCGGUGCCAAAAGGACUCACCCUCUUCACACAUGUCUAGGCCUGAUGAUAUUGUUCCUCAUAUCACAGCUUUGUUCUCGUGUCUGGACAUCCAAGCUAGUGUCUAUGAUCUUAGUCGAGGUCCUCCGAUGCUCAGCCUGGUCUCAUCGAACGAGGUCCACGGCGUGUACCAUGUUGUCCCCGAGGCCUUGCAAAACAUUGCCCAGGGUGAGGCUGUGCUUCUAAAACUUGAGAAUUGGUUCACGCGUCACCUCAAAAUUUAUGCCGAUGUCAAGCAUAAACCACUAGCACAGAUACCCCUAGAGGUACUACACGAGCGAGAGGUUCUUGAGAUGCAGUUCGAACGCUUUAUGACUGCGAUAGAGGAGCUAUAUGAGGCCAGCGAGGAAAGAUUUGCUAAGCGCAUAUUGCUACUGCGUAUACAAGCACGAAUGUACUACGGCGUCCUUCUACAGCGCUUUCCCUGGCCGUGUACGGAAGCAUUGUCCGUUACCGCUGAUCGGGGAUCGUCCUCGACCUCAGUUAUUCACCGGCAAAUUAGCGACCACUGGCUGGACACUGCCCUCUCAGAGAUAUCGACACUUCUUGAUACCCCCCCGGGAUCUACUACGAGCUACAACCGACCUUUCACUCUCUCAACCCAGCUUGUUGGGGGACUGCUGCAUGUUUGCCUCAAAACGACCAGUAAGCAAACGUUGGAGACGGCGAUUUCUCUCCUGCAACAUCCUAACUUGCCCAGCCGAGACGGGCUGUGGGAUGCUAAAGCGGCCGCAUCUGUAAUUCAAGAACUCCUCGCACAAGUUAGCGGAGGACAAGGUGCAGGCGAUGGAACUUCAACCACAGCCGUAGAAUACAGUGGCCCCGCGGUGGCAGAAUAA